AUGGAUGCUCAAAAGGCUCGAAGAGAUUCGCUGCUGCAGCGCAAUAUGCUGUUAAGUAUGAGGCUGGAUAACGGGCAAUCUAGUCAAGUUGCAGGUUCAGGCGCAAAAAAGGUCUUGAAUGUUGCUAGGGGUGGUGCGAAUGGGGUUUCAAAGACUUGGAGAAUGUCGCACUCACCACAGAGAGCCGUAUCGAAACUUUCAUCGCCUCCAAAAGCCUCUUGGAAUAAACCGUCGGCGACAAGGAAAACUGGUACCGAACGAAGCCUAAAACCCUCACCUAUCCAUUCAAAGCCGAGUGUGAAGCAACCUCCAUUUUUGGGCAUUAAAUCUUUGUCGCUGGACGAUUUUGAUAUAGGUAAGAAGCUGGGAAAGGGAAAGUUUGGUAGAGUGUAUUGCGUAAAACAUAAAAAGACAGGGUUCAUAUGUGCUAUGAAGGCUAUGGAGAAGAGUGAACUUGUUCAAUAUAAUGUGCAAAAACAGUUCAGAAGAGAAGUCGAGAUACAGAGCUCGUUGAGUCAUCCUAAUUUGACUAAACUCUAUGGGUUUUUCCAUGACGACAAGCGUGUUUACCUCUUGAUGGAAUACCUAGUGAAUGGUGAACUAUACAAAGUCCUCAAAGCGAGAGGACCUUUCAAUGAUAUUGUGGCGUCUCAUUACGUUUACCAGAUGGCUGACGCUUUAGAUUUUAUGCAUCAAAAGAAUAUUAUCCACCGUGACGUGAAACCAGAGAAUAUCUUAAUGGGUUUUGGUAACGUGGUUAAGCUCACAGAUUUUGGUUGGAGUAUUAUUAGUGCCCGUGGGGUCAGGAGGAAAACUCUCUGUGGGACAAUCGACUAUUUGUCACCAGAAUUGAUAACGUCGAGAGAAUACGAUGACAAAGUCGACGUUUGGGCUUUGGGGGUUCUCACGUAUGAGUUAAUAGUGAACUCUCCACCUUUCGAAGAAGACUCCAAGGAUUCAACAUAUAAAAGGAUUGUCAGUGGAGACUUAAAAUUCCCCGAUACAAUUUCUUCUGACGCACAAGAUCUCAUUAGAAAGCUAUUAAGACACAAAGCUAAAGACAGAAUAUCGCUCCAAGACGUCAAGCGACAUCCGUGGAUCCUAAAACAUAAAUCGUUUUGGUGA